GUUUGAUGAAAUGUUCCAGAAAGUUCAGACAAACUCGCUGGAAGUUCUAAGCUUUAGAGACCGGAUACCUCAUUUUAUCAAAAUGUCUAUUUGUUGUUAGUUUUGCCACAAUUAACACUCCUGUGUCGUGUGUUAUCUAAUUAUAUUCGAAGGCACAUACGAUUGUUUGACUGACUAAAUUUAGUUUUAUCACUUAGACGAUUAAUUGCACUAAUUUUAAAAAACGAACAGUAACGUGAUUUCUCUGAACAUUGCUCCUUAACUCCCCCAGAAAGUAAAGUAUUUUCAGAUUAGCCAAAAACAUAUCAAAGAUUAGACACUACAGAGUAUGAGUCAAACCGACCCAUCAUACUGCUUCUUGGUUGAAUGGUUUGAUGUGAUAUCAUCUUUGAUCAAAAGAUUUCAACUGAUAUAUCAUAUGAAAAUUUCUUCCGUUGAAAUGCAUGAAGAGAAAACUAAUAGGCUUUUUCUUAAACCUACUAGGAUUGAAGGGUUGAAACUAUCUGACUUUUAUCUGGGCAGUACAGUCAAUAUACUUUCUCGCUCUCUUAAGAUUGUGGACUAUGGAGAUGAGUUCACUAAACGUGAAUUUUUAAGUCGUUCAGAAAGAUGUGUUGUUUUUAUCCCUCCGGCCUCUGUUUCCAGGGCUGGUGAAAUAAUCGGAAUGUUGGAGGACAAAUCACUGCGAAUCAUUAAUCUAAAAAUGGUGCGUUCAAUAUCAGAUGAAUUAAAAUCCCUUUUAGAUAGCAACACGAGCCUUUCAAAAAUGACUACAUUAUUAAGCGAACUGACUGGAAAGAAUUUCAUCGCAUUGGAAGUAAUGGGUACAAAUGUUUGCUCACUCCUAUAUGAAUUCAUUUAUGGAUCAAAAGAAACUAGUGAAAACAUUUUAUGCAAUCCUGAUUUAUUCAUGAUCACUCCAAAUACCGCUGAUUCAUUAAAACUAGCCCAUAAAAUAUUUGGAAAUCCUGGCGGACCAAAUUUUCAUGGAGCAGCAUUACUAAAGAACACGACAUUGUGCGUUAUACGACCACACGCGGUAUCUGACGGUCUUACUGGGAAAAUUUGGAGUGCAAUUACAGAAAAAGGAUUUAAUGUGACUGCAGCUAUUUUGCAUCGUCUAUCGAAAGCAGAUUCAGCUGAUUUUUUAGAGGUCUAUAAAGGCGUAGUACAAGAAUAUCCAGAAAUGUUGGAUCAUCUGUCUUCAGGACCCUGUAUAGCAUUAGAAAUAGAUAGUCCGGACCCCAACGUAAAUGUCCAUCAAGCUUUCCGGGAGUUUGCUGGACCAAUAAACCCAGAAAUCGCAAAGUACUUACGACCGGAUACACUAAGAGCUAGAUUUGGAGUUAACAAAGUCAAGAAUGCUAUUCAUUGUACUGAUUUACCUGAGGAUACCGAACGUGAAGUUAACUACUUUUUCAAUAAUCUGGAUAAGUAAAACAAUGUUGAAUAUUAAAAAAAGCAAAUAACACUGUAGAAUUUGUGUGAAUUCAGCUCUGAUUAAGAAAUUUAUCCCAUAAUAUUGAAGUAAUCAUCUUCUUUUGUACAUUUUUUUGUGUCGAUCAAAACACGGAUAACAUCACAUUUCAGUUAAUAAUCAAUUUCAAAGUGAUAAAUAAUCUUGUUUUCCUAACAAAAUAAUUAAGAAUUUUUUUUGUCUAUGCUUUUGUUAUCUUAAGUAACUGAAGUCAUAAUCUUCUUUUGCCCAAUAAAACAAACAUAAGAAUAACUUUAGUACAUAUUAUACGGAA